UUGCAUGAUGAUUCGAUCAUACUUGCUGCUGAUGGUUAUGACGAACGAUGCUGUUAAUGAUGCCGCUGCUGCUGUUGGCAUAGCGGGCGAAUGGUAAGGGCAGGUCUUCUUUUCGCCCUCCUCUCCUGACCCAGCAGCACUUGCACAGACCAGGUGUCGAGUGAGACUCGAGGGUCAACAGGUACCUAUUUGUGGCCGUAAGGCUCUUGCUGACAGGCAAGUGGCAACAGCGCUAUCGGUAUCGGUGGUAGGUGGAAGGAGGAUCGACAAGUAGACGAAACGAGCUAAUGAAGGAGACGAACUGCAGACGUCGACUACACCGAAUCGACUUGAUCGCCCAGUGGUGUCACCGAACGAAUACCGAAGGGCGGCAGUAGCUUUUCGUGCUGUUUCUGUUCGGUAGCUGAAGUCUAUCGAUUUUGCUCGUAGCAGACAGACGGAUGAGCGCGGCCACAUUUAUCUAUCUUGAGUUCACACUCGAGCUGUCGAACAUUCGAUUGAUCCGUGUUCACGCAUCGGCGGCCACACCGAAUUGCAAUUAGGGCCAGAGUUCUAGCUUCUUUUUUUUUUGAGACCGAUACGAAUUUCCAUCUGUAUCGACACGAAUCGCAUCAAACGUACAUUGUCACGCUUAUCAUAGAGUCUCAUUCUCUCCAGCAUUAUCAUUAUUAUCAUUGCCAUCAUCAUCAUCAUCAUCAUCAUCGCCAUCGCCAUCGCCAUUAUUGUGAUCAUCGCGUUUUCGCUGAUAAAGGUUGUUAUGGCUCUACUGUGGCAUCUUCAUCUCUGUUUGUGAACGUGUGCUGUUAAUGAAUGCACUCAGAUUGAUGUCGCCUCCGUAGGCCUGCAUCAGCAGGCGUCAUCUGUCCUCAGCUAACAUCGCCUUCUUGAUCAGUGCGCGCGACAGGAGAUAUUCAUCGGAUAUGCGUAUAGGGCAGUUGUGACACAUAUUUGUAUGUGUAUGCACUGACAGUGAUCUGUGACCCGUGUCGGAUGUUGGUGACGUCGUCCGAAACUGGAUAUAAAUGUUCGGAGCGGCGAGCUAACAUGUGAGUCGAGACAUUCUCAAGGCAUGAGUUUUGUGGGGGAUGUCGACCUUCUGACCGAGUGCUGGGGGCACUGCUUCGAAUCCUGCUUGUGGUGAUGGCGCAGUGAAGCUCAUAUCGUAACAGAAUGCAAGCAGAAAGGAAAGCUGAAGUACAGCAACUAACAUAAUGGGAGCACCUGUAUUGUGAGAGCAGUCGGGAACGGGUUUGCCAGCGAAUCUAGCGUACUAGACGAAAGAGAAUAACUCGGUAGGUGCAGCGGUCAGACUGUUCGUGCUUCGAUAUACCAGCGUGUGGAAACGAUACAAAAUAAGUGCUUUGUGGACCAUUCUUCAAGGGAAGAAUUUUCUUGGACAGUGUUGAUUCGUGUACAGAAUACGAUGAUUUUAACGGGUGUACCACGAUGGGUAGCUUUCAUAGUAUUUGCAGCUUCUGCCGUAGUUUUCAUUUUGGGAGUGGUCGGAUACUAUAUGGUGCCCUCGAUCAUUGGCGCAAAAGUCAGCCAGCAAAUGCGCCUUGUCGAAAACGGUUCAACAUUAAAACGAUGGGCAAACGUGGCUGUUCCUAUCUAUUUUUCGGCAUUUAUGUUUAAUAUAACUAAUCCGGAGGAGUUUGCGAAUGGAGAAAAGCCUCAAGUGCAAGAGAUCGGACCGUACGUUUACCUUCAGAAGCGACGCAAACUCAUCACACACAUCGACAGGGACGUUGUGACGUACAAGGACUAUAAGUCUUACCAUUUUCUUCCCGAAUACUCAAUCGGCACUCCUGAUGAUAGACUCUAUGCACUAAAUGUACCGUUAGUGGCCAUGGACAAACUGAUUGGCUCUAAGCUGCCAGGAGACCUCGCGAAAUCCCUACUACAGCCGAUUCUCGAGGGCCUGCUCGAAAAACAUAAUGAGAAACUCGUUGUCCAACGCAACGUAAGUGAGAUGCUAUUUGAUGGCUACGCGGUACCAAUGAUGAAUGAAUUAUCUAAGCUUGCUGCGGCGUUCAUGCCUGAUACCAAGCUUCCGGCUAUCAGCAACUUUGGCCUGUUCUAUAAUAAGAACAACACGGCUGAUCAGUGGUUUACCGUCGGAACGGGAGCGGGCGAGUAUCCUUUCGCUACGAUCCUCGAAUGGAAUAACCAUACGUCAUUAGACUUCUGGAGCAGAGAUAAUUGCAACAAGAUCAAUGGCACCGACGGUGGACAAUUUUCGCCUUUUGUGCGAACUGAUCAAAAGCUGUUUGUUUUUGCCACAGACCUCUGCCGAUCUAUAUACUUUGAAUACGAAAAGAAUACCCAGGUUAAAGGAGUUGAUACGAAAAGGUUUACUGUUCCGGAUGCGAUUUUUGCCUCUGGUAAGCGGCAGCCAGAAAAUCAAUGCUUCUGUGAAGCGAUAAACCGAUGUCAUGAGGGUGGAGUUAUUCCCCUAAGCUCGUGUCGCAAAGGAGCGCCCGUCAUGCUUUCUGCUCCACACUUUUAUCAAGGUGAUGCUAAGCUGGUGCAAGACGUUGCUGGAUUGCGACCACAAAAGAAGUAUCACGAGACUUAUCUGGAUGUACAAACGAUGACAGGGCUGGUUCUGCGUGCCGCUAAACGUCUUCAGAUUAAUAUCGAUCUCAAGCAAAGCGAUCUACUUUACCCGCUCGCGAACGUGUCCAGCCGAGUCAUGCCUAUUGCCUGGGUCGAAGAGCGUAUGGAGGCAACCGGCCCGAUGACGGAUGGUCUCAAAGAAAAACUAAUCUUUCCUCAAAAAAUGGGUGUCCUGAUUUCCACUGCUGCAGCGCUCGGUGGCGCUAUCGGCGCGAUCGCCGCCAUUCUGGUCAUUGUCGUACGCCAGGCUGGCACAACUAGGAGCGCCAAGCUCCAGCCCUCAAAGUAGACCUAAAACAAGCAAUCAUUAUCUUCAUCAAAGGAAAAAGCUAGAGAAGACUCGGCAGCUACCCAUUUUCACUUUAGAGGAUUAAGGAGAUACUUAGACAAGCUGAUCAGCUCAAAGAACAAAUCAUUACACAAUUACAAGUACAUAAUACAAUAGCAUGUGAGGCAGUCGAACUUCGGAAAAGGCUGAGCAACCCUCUGAGGGUUUGCCAUGUGUAAAAACGAGGGUUUCGUUGUCGAUGGUCCAUUCAAAUUAUCCUAAACAACUAAAUAGAGCAAACUGAGUGUCUUCGACGUAAACGUAUCGCCCGUAGGACGUUGGCCGAAUAAAAAAUGUUCCUAGUGAGACGGUUAUGAUACGGUCCAAUGUACAAAAGGAAUUUCCCCGGCGACAAAAGAUCGAGCAAUCGAUGAGAAAUUGCUCACGACAAUGAGGUACACGCCAAACGUACAUAGCCUAUUCAUAAGUGAAAUAAACCUUUUGAGAAUGGUAAGUUGCAAUUCGGUCGUGUGACCGUGAUACGAGACACAAUCACGAUGUGAAGUAAUGAAGCAAUGAGAAGCAUUUAGCUGAGCUUGUUUGAAGGAUUCACGUCGCAAAUACAAAAUGUAAUAAACUCUCGUUCAUAGCGGAAUGAAAUCUAAAAAUUCAUAUACUAUAUAUAAAUAGAAUAUAGAUAUAGAUCCUUGCUUUGAAGCGUCACCUGAACUUUUUGAAUUUUAAUGAAAGCAAUGUACGAAAAUAAUAAGUGACGUAGCUAUAUACUAUUGUGCGAUGCGAGUCUCAGUCAUCAACUUCAAUUAUGAAUUUUUAUUAAUCUACUAACAGAUUCAAUUAUUUUUAUUACCCGUGGCCCGACGCUAACACAUUUUAGGAAAUCCUGUUUAUGAAACACCUGCCCGAACGCGGUAGACUUCAAGAGGACUAGACGUCACCUUUCUUUGGGGGCUGGACAAGGACA